UAACAGUAUCUCGAGGUCCAUUGCUUUGGGAAGGUGUGUGGCAUUUAGCUGCAGUAAAAAGUGUCUGAGAGGUCAAGGAGAAGGUUGACCUCAUCAUGGCCGACCGGCGCAUGAAGGUCAUCUUUGGCCACCUGGGUCACAGGGGUCAUCAUGAUAUGAUGCCACGUCUCCUGUCAUCAGGAGCAGCCAACGUUGGCACCAACAGCAGCAGUAGCAGUUUGGAGUUCCAGUAUACCCUAGACAACCCCAGACUCACUGCUGCCCAGCGUGCCUUUUACGAGGAGAAUGGCUUCCUGGUCAUACCCAACCUCGUACCUUGUGACAAGAUUGACCGGUGGAAGGAACGCUUCAUUGACCUGGUGGAAGGACGUGUUGACACUGGCGGCAUGACUAAGAUGAAGGACAUCUCCCUGAAAGGCCUUAAGAAUGUCUCGGGCGAACUCAUUGUCAACAAGCUGCAGGACUUCGUGUGGGAUGAGGUUCUGUCGGAGCACUGCAUGUUACCGCAGAUCCUGGACUACGUGGAGUGCUUCACGGGCCCAGACAUCAUGGCCAUGCACACCAUGCUGAUUAACAAGCCCCCAGAUCCCGGCACUCGCACCUCCCGCCAUCCACUGCACCAGGACCUGCACUACUUCCCCUUCAGGCCUGCUAACAAGAUAGUUUGCGCUUGGACAGCCAUGGAGAAAGUGGAUACCAAGAACGGCUGCUUGUUUGUGCUGCCUGGCUCGCACAAGGGCAAACUAGAGCAACACGACUACCCAGACUGGGAGAAAGGCGUAAAUAAGAUGUACCACGGAGUGCGGGGCUUUGAUGAUAUUCCCAAGACAAUGCUGAGCAUGGAAAAGGGAGAUACUGUUUUCUUCCAUCCAAUCCUGCUGCAUGGAUCAGGAGAUAAUAUCACACAGCACUUCCGUAAGGCCAUUUCCUGCCACUAUGCCAGCUCUCACUGCGAGUACAUUGAUGUAAAGGGAACAACACAGGAAAACAUCGCCAAGGAAGUAGAAGAGAUUGCACUGAAAAGGGGCGUGUCUCUUGGUUUCAAGGAAAUCUGGAACUUACGGAGCCGUUGUGUACGAGGCGUAGAAGACUGCCUGUAGUAGACGAGAUGAAACAUGAAAAGAACACUUUUGUUCUUUUCACUUUUGAAUUAUUAGACAAAGAGUAGAUAAGAUUUUCUUUAUCUAGAAUUGGUUUGAAACAUGAGUGCUUAUGUAGUAGAUUACAUUAUCAAGAUUAUUGAUAAAUGAAAAAGAAAGAGGUAUGAAAAUUAUUUUGUAUGUAACUAAAUCUAUAUAUAUUUCUGGCAUGGUUCUAGUCUAGAGACAUAAUUAAUUGAAUAUUAGUUUGAUUUGAUCCAUAUUGAAAUUUGAAAUUCAUUCUCAAAUAGUUGUGUCACAUCUUUCUGUAUAAAGCAUUUUGUGUCAUUACCAAUGUACAGGGUUCCUAUUACAAUUUAUACAGAGCUUAUGAGAUAUAAAGUUAUUUCCUGAAAUAUCAGUCCUGUCAUUGCAGAAAUUAUUGUAGCUUUCAGUGAAGCAGAAUAAAAUUAUUCUACAUCUCUGUAUCUACACAGUUGAACAAAGAAGAAUACAAUUGAAUAUCUUGUUAAAGGUAUGAAGUUACGAGAAGCUUUAUUUUAUCUUUCAUUGUGAAUUUCAAUGAUAGGAUACUUAUAAUCAAUACACAAGUGCAGAUACAUGUAGUCAUAUAUUUAUAUAUAUAAACUUUGUCUUACACUUAUAUACUAAAUAUAAGUGUUUGAAUAUACAAGUGUAUUGUAAAGAAUCCUUUACAUCUGACUGCUUAUAAAUUCUUUGCUCUAAUCACUUAAAAAGUCUGAUUGAGGCAGGAAAUGUACUGCUGCAGGGAAAAUGGUGCUAUUUUCAGUAAUUUCUAUGCAUAUCUUCCAGAUUAUUAGAUUUGGAACUGAAUUCUUGGGUGGUUUCCUUGAUGCAUUCAUACAAGCAUACACCUAUGCAAACCCACAGUUACAUACACAUGUAUUCAUAUUGAAAUACACACACACACACACAAACACACACACACACACACACACACACACACACACACACACACACACACACACACACACACACACACACACACACACACACACACACACACACACUUGUAUACACAAAAUGCACACAUUUCCUUUGUAACUCUAUAUUCAUUAUAUAUGUAGUAAUGAUGUAAAUUGAUCAGUAUAUAUUAUUGGCAGUAAUAAAAUUAUCAAAAAUGGUAA